AUGUCCUUCAAUACAGCCGGCGCACCAUACUUUUGCACACAUACCAGACACGCAACCUCCCCCAAAUCAAGCAUAUCUUCUUCUCUCCUGUCUCUCUUCCCCAAAUCAAGGCACGAGCGAACGGUAGCGGAGGCGGCGCACGGGCCAGCGAAGUACUCGACAACGGCCGCACGGACCGGCCGGCGAGAUACUCGCCUGUUCUAUUUUCCAUGGCCGCAGCCCUGCGUCACCCGCUGGCCACCGCCGCCCUCGACCUCCCUUCCACGACCGCAGUCCCGCCUCGCCCCUGCAGGGCGCUACGCCUCUCCCGCACCUACCGCCACGUCCGCCGUUCGCCGCCCCAGCAGUCUGUCGCGCUGCUCUCACCCCUGCCUCCACCUCCACCUCCACCGGGUUGACGAGGAGGUCCACCUCUCCAUCGACGGCGCCGACAAGAUCUACCCGGACCUCAACCUCGUUAAGGGCCUCCGCGGCGGCUCGCUCCUCCGCGGGAAGAUGAUCGAGGGUGACGGCGGCGUCUAGGACGGCCACGCCCACGCCCACGCCCCGAGCCACGGGAUCUUCAUCGCCGUCUAGGACGGCCACGGCGGCGAGCGCUGGCGCGGCAAGGGCAGCGAGACAAAGCUCCGGCCGAAGGUGGAGGAACACGCCUGGCACUUGAUUGCUUUUUUAUUUUCUUCCUGGGGUGUUCUUUGUAAAUUGUCUUACCAGUUGUAAAUGCUCUCUUCAAAGUAAUCAUCACGGGGACUGACUGCAGUCUGCAGCCAUGUGCAGAGAUGCGGUCGGUGGACAGCUUUUUUUUUGUUUCCAAAAUAAUGUAGCGCCGGCGAACCUAAUUCGAUGCGCCGGUAGCAGGCUUAUAUUGCUGGCGAACCAAUUCGUGCGCCGGCACUAAACUGGUAUCACCGGCUUGUUCCCACCGUCGGGCGUUAG